ACCAAGUACCAAAACAGAGCAGAGCCUUCAGAAUUAUACCCAACUAAAAAGAAAAUGCCUGUUCUUGUCUUCAUUCUCCUCCCCCUUUUCUCCUCCAUGGCUGCCGCCGACGACCGAUUAAUUGAAGUACAAUGCCAUAACGCGGAGGUUCCAGCCGUCUGCAUGCAGUGCGUGAACUCCGAUCCGGAAGCCGGCCAAGCAGACAGAGUAGGCGUAGCCGCCAUUGUCCUCAACUGUCUGACCAACCAUUCGAAGACCUUAUACCACGACAUGGCGGAGCUAGCAUCUAGUUCGCAGGACAAGAACACGGAAGCCGUUGCUAAAAUUUGCCAGAAAGGGUAUUCCGAUGCAGGGCAGCAAUUGGGUGCGGCUGCGCAGGCGCUGAAGAGCGGGGAUUAUGAUAUGGCUAACGCAUCUGUGAGAGAAGCGCUUGAGAAUGAUGUUGCUUGUGGUAAUGAAGGAGAGAGUUGUAAGCUGAAUUUUCCUCCUGAUGUUGUUUAUGAAAUGAGGGUUUAUGAGGAAUUAGCUGAUGCAGCCUUGAGAAUAAUUGAUAGGCUUUAGUCUUCUUUUUCAAAGUGAUGAUGAUUUGAGAAAGGUGAAGAGAAAAUUAAUAAAUAAAGAUUAUUCUU